AUGAUAAUGAAUGUGCAGCUUCCCCGGCGCGGCACUCGGGGCCAGGAAGUCGUUGCUUCCGUAACUAUUGUGUAUUAUAUGCUGGCCCCGGCAGCGCUGGCUAUGGGUGCAACCAGACCUCGCCUCGUCUUGGCAGAAGCAAGACUGGCAGCAAAGCGAGCGGCACGGGCAGAGGCACGGGAGAUCCGAAUGAAAGAACUGGAGAGGCAACAGAAAGAGAUCUAUCAAGUUCAGAAGAAAUAUUAUGGUCUGGAUACUAAAUGGGGAGACAUCGAGCAAUGGAUGGAAGACAGUGAGCGUUACUCCCGUAGAGCCCGAAGAAAUGCCUCGGCUUCGGAUGAAGAUGAGCGCAUGUCAGUGGGUAGCCGUGGAAGCCUGAGGUCUCAUUUGGAAUAUGCAAGCACCUACCCAGUGGCUGGAUUAGAGAAUGAGAGGACCAAAAAGAAGAACUACUCCAAAGCAACCAAUGGUUAUGAGGAAGACGUGUAUGGAUCAUCCCAGAGUAGAAAGUCUAGCAGGGCUUCCUACUACUCUGAUCUGGGUCUUCACAACAGCGGCUAUGCCUCCACAUCUCAACCUUCUCCCCAAAAUGGAAACUGGGCAUCUGUGUAUGACGAGAGUGUUUACAGUGGGAGUCGUCGGUAUAGUGCCUCUAGUUCUCGUGCUCCUUCCGAGUACAGCUGCUACCUUGGUUCAGGAUCUCGGGCAUCCUCAAGAGCCAGCUCUGCUCGGGCCAGUCCAGUGAUUGAGGAAAGGCCAGAAAAAGACUUUGAGAAGGGAGCACGUACUGUUUCAAGUUUAUCAGCAGCUACUUUAGCUUCUCUGGGUGGGACUUCUUCACGAAGAGGCAGUGGGGAUACAUCCAUCUCAGCUGAUACAGAGGCAUCUAUUAGAGAAAUAAAGGAUAUCUAUGAGUUAAAGGACCAGAUUCAGGAUGUAGAAGGCAAAUACAUGCAGGGACUGAAAGAAAUGAAGGACUCUCUAGCCGAAGUUGAAGAGAAAUAUAAAAAGGCUAUGGUGUCAAAUGCUCAACUAGAUAAUGAAAAAACAAAUUUCAUGUACCAAGUGGAUACCCUGAAGGAUGCGCUCUUAGAGUUAGAAGAACAGCUGGCAGAAUCCAGGCGGCAAUAUGAAGAAAAAAGUAAAGAAUUUGAGAGGGAGAAGCAUGCUCAUAGCAUACUGCAGUUUCAGUUCAUGGAAAUCAAAGAGGCUCUGAAGCAAAGAGAAGAAAUGCUUGCAGAAAUCCAACAGCUGCAACAGAAACAGCAGAGCUAUGUCAGGGAAAUUUCUGAUCUUCAGGAGACAAUAGAGUGGAAAGACAAAAAAAUAGGGGCGUUAGAGAGGCAGAAAGAUUUCUUUGAUUCCAUAAGGAGUGAGCGGGAUGACCUUAGAGAUGAAGUGGUUGUGCUGAAGGAGCAACUGAAGAAACAUGGAAUAAUCCCAGACUCUGACAUAGCCACCAACGGGGAGACAUCAGACAUUCUUGAUAACGAAGGACACCUGGAUUCUUCCAAAACUGUUCCAGGCACAACUCAGGCAUUAAAGACAGGAGGGGAUGGGGCGCUAGACAGGCUGAAAAAACUCAUUGAUGAACGAGAAUCCUUACUAGACCAGGUUAAAAAAUUAAAGGGACAACUGGAAGAAAAGCAAAAGAAUGGCAAGAUGGAAAAUGCACAAUCAGAAGAUGAAGUUCUAGAAAAUGGGACAGAUAUGCACAUAAUUGACCUCCAAAGAGAUGCCAACAGACAGAUCAGUGAUCUCAAAUUUAAGCUAGCAAAGUCUGAGCAAGAGAUAACAGCAUUGGAGCAGAAUGUAAUACGAUUGGAAGGUCAGGUAGCCCGAUACAAAACUGCUGCUGAAAAUGCUGAAAGAGUAGAAGAUGAAUUGAAAGCAGAGAAACGCAAACUACAGAGAGAGCUUCGUUCAGCAUUGGAUAAAACUGAAGAGCUUGAAGUCAGCAAUGGUCAUCUAGUAAAACGCUUGGAGAAGAUGAAAGCCAACCGGAGUGCAUUACUGUCUCAGCAAUAACCACCACCUUUCGAUGGAAACUACUGCUACUUGACAGAAUCAGAACAACGUUGCAGAUGCUUCUGUCUCUUGCUGUCUGGGAUGCUUUGUGUCAUGCCGUCUGAGAACAGACAACCCCAACAUUCGCUACGUGCCACCCAGUUGUGGUUCUCCCUAAGCAGAUUCAAACCUACUGCACUAUAUACAUAGGAGUAGCUGAUCCAAAUGGCUGUGCCUGUGGGGGCCCUUCUUCGGGUACAUUUAAAGUACAAGAUCCGUCUACCGUAUAAGAAGCACAUAGGGCAUUGCGUUAAGUUCUGCAUCCAGAAGGCACAGCAGCCAUUUAUUGCCAUUUAAAAUGGCAUUCAAAGAAAACACUUUAAACUGGACUGGAAUUUUGUGUCUUGCUGAAAAUUUUAAAAGAAACACUGUAAGUUUUGGACUUUCUCAUGACAGUAUCUGUAAUUUAGUGACUACAGUAGAGUUAAUCAUAGUAGGUUUUUCAUUUACAAAUCACUGUGGAACCACAAGCCAUUACAAAGCAAAACUCCUUCAGUGGAAACCAUGGAAGAA